AUGGAGGAUUUGGUGGAUAGAGCUGUUUUCAAGGAAUAUAAAGAAUAUCUUCUGUCGGAGACACACAGUCUAGGGUUGAAAACCCAAGAGCCUUUCUUUUCGUUAAAUCGAUACGAUCUAUCUGGAGAGAAAGUCCGAGUGUUCUCUAUAGAACUUGUGGGAAACGAGUUCUACGCGAUUGAAGGUUAUCUCUUGCUGCACAGAGGGGAUUCUAUCAAAGUAUACAAGUAUGACGAGAAGUUCAGAUGCACAAGAAUAAAAAGCAUGGACUUCCAUCUCUUGAUAUUUCUAGUGAAGAAGAAAGCUAUAAGCCGAAGGUGUAGGUUACUGUUCUACAACAUACUGCUGCAUCUUGUCAAGAACAACGAAAAGAAAUAUGAUAUGAAGCUGAAGGAGAUAAUGUGCUACAUGUGUGCAGAUUGGAUGGUCGAUGCACGGAUGGGGGAUUGUAUGGUUUCAUGUGUAUACAGAAACGGAGAGUCAAGGGUUUACAACAGUAAGCUUCAGCUUGUUGAUGAAAACUUUUUGUGGAAGAAAGAAAAAAGCACAAUAGAAUGCAAAUCCCAAAAGAUCAAGGUGAUGAAGAACUGCGUUGAGGUGUCGCGUAACGACUGGUCUUUCAAGAGUGUGUUCCCUGUGGGGGAAAUAAGGCAGUAUGUUGCACUUGAGAACAGUCUGUUUCUACUUACAGAAGACUCCAUAAAGGUUUUAAGCUUUGAGGGAUAA